GUUUUAUCACUGAGCGAUUGAAAGAUGGAUCCAAGUCAGGAUCUGGAACCCAGACGCUGGAUCCACCCCAACAAACCAAAGACCCAUCAGAGGAGGAGUGAGUGGGAGUCCUCCCUGAGUAUCAACCAACAGCAAAGUAAUGACUCAGGGAAGAAAAGGAAGACCAUCACUCAGGAUAAUCCCAAAGUCAGAAGUCGUCUGGCAACAGAACCUAUGAGCAAACAUUCCUUUAUCCCAGAAACAGAUCUACAACCGCAACCUAAGAAAUGCUUUUCAGCCGAAGAGGCAUCAAGAGUAAUUAAGUCUGUUCUGGACCAAGAGCUGCAGGACAGUAGAUAUGAUGCAGCAAACAGCCAUCGCAGGGCCCUGCAGCUCGCGGAUCUAGUGAAGUCGGCAGUCAGGGAGUUGGGGUACGAGAGAUACAAGCUUGUGUGUUAUGUGGUGCUGGGUCCUGUGUCACCGAGAGCAAUGUGCUGCUGUAGCAGGAGCGUGUGGAGUCCAAAUUCCGACACGUAUGCAGAAUACUUGUUCCAGAAUCAUUCUCUGUUUGCCCUGUGCGUUGUAUAUGCAGGAUACUGUGAGUAGCACAACCUGCCUUU